UGAUUGUUUGGGCAGUAUCAGCUUUAAGCGGGGCUUAUGGUAUGCGUGCAUAAUAGGGUAGCAUCAGCCCUGGAAACGAGGCUUAUGGUAUGUGUGUAUGAUAUGGUAGUAUUGGCCCUGAAAUGAGGUUUCUGGCAUACAGGGCGGUAUCAGCCCCAGAAACGAGGCCUGUGGCAUGCGUGUGUAACUGGGCGGGUCAGCUUUGGAAACGAGGUUUAUAGCAUGGGCUCCAAAAUCCGUGGGACUGCCUUUGCCUAAAAGAGAAUAUGGUAUUUUUAUAUAACUAUAAAGGUUAUUUCCUCUUUCUUCUCCAUAUGUGAGGCACGGCUUCCAUUCCAUACUGAAUUUCUCCCAGACUCCUUCCAGAUGAUAAAAUAUGAGAUGGCUACAGUCUGUAUUUCAUAUCUUAGUCAUGAGCGUACGAUAUUAGGGUACGUGUGACGGACUCUGUUGUUUGUUUUUGUUGCUGAUUUGGAGUAGCUCGUCAGAUCAUGUCGUCAACUCUAAAUUGCGGACAAUGUCAUCAACUGGGUCUCAGGAUAUCUCGUCUUAGAACACUGAACUUGGUGACUUAUGAACGAUUUCCUAGUAAUUGGAGCGCUACUUUCGAAUGUUAUGCAUGUGACAACUAUGGCCACGUUUCCAAGGGUCGUUCCAGAAUUCCUGCAGUGUUUCCAGGAUUAUACAUCUGCCCGUAGGGUAGAUGUAAUCUGUACGUAUUUAGCCCCUGCCCUGUCUGCCUUUCCAUUCUGCCUUGGAGAUUUCCAGGGUUUUUUCCUCAAGGCAAGGCUAAGGUUUCAUGAGGACCCUAUCUACAAGCCUGAAAUGGUUUACACGUAUCAACAUGUGCAACCACUACUAUCUAAGUUGGGGAUUCAUUACUGCUUCAUAUAAUUGCAGGAGUGUCCUACCAACGUUCCUACCGUGCAAUUGUUACCUAGCCGGUUCAUAGACCGAGACGUUUCUUUUCUGCAACAUGGACUUCGUAAAUGAAUCGAAUAGUACGCAGUUACAUCUAUCUUCUUUGCUAAAGUGCCAUGCUUAGAUUACUUACUUGGAAAGAUUUAGUGCCAUCUUACAACUAUCAAUCUGCUUUUCGGGAUCUGAUCAAUUCAGCACUACUUUCAACCCCGAACUUCAAUCGCCUUGGAACGCGGACCAAUCUUUGGCCAUUCAAACAGCCUCGGGUUUUUCUACUCAUACGUAGCAGCAGCCUUCAGGACGGUACGGCCUUUCCUGGUAUUCUAAAGUCGGUGUGCCGACAGGAAAUUCCGGUCCUAAGAUACAAAAAUGCAUAACACUACACAAUUGUUAGAAUCUGACAUCGACCAGAAUCAACCAGCUCCUACAUGCCCAAGCAGACCGUCUGUCCUUACUACUAGGUAGAGCAGAUCAUCAAGCAGACAAGCAGGGCACUGCUCUGAAGUAAGCCAUGUCCUGUUAAUUCCUGUCGAGAACAAACGCUAAUUUAACAAAGGCAACACAAGGAGAAUAGGCAGCGCGCUCACAAAUGCACAACACAAGAGUGCACAGUCGACCCCUUCAAAAGCUCAAGAGACCUCCGACGCCACCAAGCCAGUGUCCACGGUAAACCUCGAUUCUUUUGUCCAGUGGUGACCUGCAGAGCUCACAUCAAGGGUUUCAAACGCAAAGACAAUCUCACCGAGCAUAGAAGACGAGUCCAUCUUCCCGUCUUACCCAGUCCGGCGGUUACACUUGAAACCAGCACGCAGGGUUCACAGACUCCAUCAUUUGAAGAUGAAGAGAUGGAAGACUGGAGUCUAGCCCCGGUCCAGGGAGAAAUGGAAAAUCAGUCUAAUGACAAUUCACAAACGAUAGCUUUUGUACUACGGAAGCUCCUGGGGUUGCAUAUGUCACUGAAGAAUAUUGAUGUAGAGAUUAGAGCGUUAGAGAUGACUUUGACUCAGUUGUGAUGUUUUAUAUUGAGCAUAAUAGCAUAGAGAAGGGCUGGUUUAUAGCUUAUAGGUUAUGGCUUAUGGUCUAGAGUGCAUGGAUAAUGGGGUUGAAGGAUCACAAUGAGGUGUUUAGUGGAUAGGUAUUGGGCUUGUUUGUCAUCUUUCCGGGAGUAUAUAUUUCACUGGAUUGUUUGAAUGGGUGAAAGAGCGGGCUGGCUCCUGGAAAUUCACGACGUAGUUCAAUACUUCUUGUAGAACGGUUCGAUACCGAGCUCAUUGCAUUGAACCAAUGUAAUACUAUCUUUCUUUCAAAUAUCUGCCCGAAAACAUAAUGUUUGAAUGGCCAGAUCCAUAAUAUUCAUCUUAUUAUUCGAAUUUUGAGGUUCCCGGGAUACCAGAUUUGAAUGUUCAAGAUUUGACUACACGGAUACUGGACUUCCAUGCUUGAGAUUACAAUGAUUUAAAAAUGGUUGAGGAUGCUGAAUAUCCGUAUACCACGUCUUCGAGAUACCUCCUUUCCCAGGAGUCAUAAGAUAAACUAUUCCUUUGCUUCCUUGGUAUUCGUAUAGCCAAUCGGCAAUCGAGUUUAAGAAUAACUGAAGAAUCAAAUUCACAAGCCUCAACAAGCCCGAAUAAACACAGUGCCAAACUAGCUUCAUAAUGUGUUUUGCUUGAUAUACAGUGUUCUUAUACACUUCCCAUGCACCCAAUGCAUACUAUACACACUCUAUCCUUCACAAUAGUGCUCUCUUCCCCCGUCCCCAUCCCCAUCAUCGAAUAUUCAUAUCCCCCCUCCCAAAC